AUGUCUGGAAUUACUGCAAAAGAUGUGAACCAGCAGGAGUUCGUCAGAGCUCUGGCAGCCUUCCUCAGCAAGUCUGGGAAUCUGGAAAUCCCUGAAUGGGUGGACAUUGUCAAGCUGGCCAAGCAUAAAGAACUCGCUUCCUAUGACAAGAACUGGCUGUACACACAAGCUGCUUCCACAGCACAGCAUCUGUACUUCCGGGGUGGUGCUGGGGUCACCUCCGUGACCAAGAUCUACAGGGGACGUCAGAGAAAUGGGGUCAUGUCCAGCCACUUUAGCGGAGGCUCUAAGAGCGUGGCCUGCAGAGUUCUCCAAGCCCUGGAGGGGUUGAUAAUGGUGGGAAAGGACCAGGAUGAGGUCCGCAAUCUUACAUCUGAGGGACAUAGAGAGGUCUGGAUAGAAUCACUGGACAGGUGGUAA